AGACAGUGUGUUAGAAAGGACAGUAGAGUCCAGGACAGCAAGCAGUAAGGACUGUGUGCAACGAAGUGAGUCCUCGAAAAUGUAGCUGUACGAGCUAGAGAGACUUGUAGUGAUUAGUUAGGCAGUUCUGUAGUGUAGCAAAGCAUUUGGAGUUACUGUAGCCAAUUGUGUUUAUUGGCUGUUGUUGAUGUAAUUGUAAAUAAACCGCCACUUUGUUUAUUGAAGCUCUUGUUGUCAAGUUGAUGUUUUAGAUGUGUUGUGUUGUUGGGCAGUGUUUGCAGAAGGCCUGAUUAGGAAAGAGAGAAUCGUAACAAUAUGAACAUUUUUUCAAUAGAUGGUAGCCAUGUUCGAUUGACAUCGUGCCAGUGAAGUAUUAUAGCAGAUGAGGGCAAAGGUAUAAUAAUGUUUUUGCAGAACUGAAUAUAUGAAUUGACAGUUAUGUAACUGGGAUAGUAAGACGCUAAGAAAUUUACACAGCCCAUAAAGACUUAUCAACUUCAACUUCAUGCAUGUUAUGAUUUGUGCCUUAUUUUUUAUUAUCAGUCGCUAGAACGCCAAGACACAGCCCAUAAACAUUAUAUAGAAAAGAAUGUGUCAAGUGAAGGGUCAAACUGUCAGAGCUUACUUUGUGAAGAUAUUCCCCACAGAAAAGAAGUAAAAGAGGCUUAACGUUACAUUCCAAUAAAGGAGCCAAUACAAAGAAGGACACUGCUGGACCAACGCUCUGACUAAGUCUCUAUAGAUUCCUCUCCAAAGACAAUGCAUGCAUCGAUCCAUUUCUUAUAAGCUAUGUAGUCUACUCCAAGCCUGAAGCUUCAGACAUAGACAGUUGCUGUUUCCCGAGGUUUUAGUCUGACGGCUCCAUCUGAUAUGGCAGCCUCAUGUUUCUGAAUCUUUAACGUCACUCUAUCUAACCAUAAAACGAUAUUUUCUCUAGACCCAGUGCAGUGUUAUUGAACAGGAGUUUCCCACAUUCUGAGUAUUUAUCGGAAAACUUUCCUAAUUUUUUUAGAGAGAUUAAUUCACGUUGUGGCCUACUAGUUAAUUAUUUCAGUAGUUCGUGGAACACCUAUUCAGGCUUUGUGGAACACUAGGAUUCUGCGUAACACAGUUUGGGAAUCACUGUUGUAGAACACACAUUAAACCAUUUCUAUAAUACUUUUGUUAAAUGACUACAAAUUAAUGUAGUCUUCUGUAUAUACGAUUUACAAGAAAAAAAAGCUAUUCAGAAUUAUUGUUAUUUGUUAGAAAAUACAAUGUAUAACUGUGAACAAAAUUAUAGUUUGAUGAACAGUUCACUGGAUGGAUUUCAAAACGAAUCCGACGAAUAUAGACAGCAUUUUUUCAAAUUGCAGUUGGAGAAAAAUCUGGCAUUAGUUCCGACAUUUAUCUACCUGGCCUUUUUGUUUAUUAUGGGCGUCAUUGGCAACCCUUUGAUUAUACUCAUCUACUGCAGAGAGAAGAAGAAGACAGCCACUACAUACUUUAUAGUGUCGAUAGCUGUGGUCGAUCUGAUUGCAACUUUAAUUACUCUACCAGUAACUUUCUAUGUCAACUUCAGAAGCCUGGAUAUGGACAACAUCUACGUCUGCAAAUUGUACUUCUUCGUGAACUUCACCAACGCCACCAUCUCGACUUUCUUGCUGUUGGCUGUGGCAGUAGUUAGGUACAGAAAAAUUUGUCACCCUCUUGAAUGGCAGGUCAGUACGUGCCAGGCUCGCAACACAAACCUCGUGAUCGCCUUCUCCUGCCUGUUCUUUAGCAUCGCCCAUAUCAUCGUGCACGGCAGACUUGAGAAACAAACGGAAAUGCCCGGUCUCUGUCUCCAUCUCUGCUACGUGGACGAACAGCUUAUGGCGACUCCUUGGCCGAAAGUCACUAUAGGUGCCUUCACGUUAUUAUUCCUGGUGGACAGCGGAGUGAUAUGCUUCCUGUACACACGCAUUGCCAAACAGGCGCGGAAGCAGGGGACGAAUCAAAGAACCUUUUCGAAAUACUGUGAAAAGAAUACCGGAAGUGACUCGCAAUCGUCUAGCAGGGACAACGAAUUAAACUGUUCACAAAUAACGGCCUUAGAACCAACACAAUCAUCAAUUCAAUGGCUUGAAAACACAAUUUAUAAAAGUAGCGAAAAGAAUGAUGUAAUAUAUUGCCCUAAUCCUAAAGAAAUAGUGAAAAACCCAAACUCAUUUCACCUGUUUAAGCCACGCGGCUCUUGUCACAAUGUUUGCUCCCUUUCUUCUCCCAACUCAAAGUUAAAAUUACACCCAGAUACAACUAACAAAAACACUAAGCAAAAACAUAAGAAACGGACCACAUUCAUGCUUUUUACAAUCACGGUCAUUUACGUGGUCACCAACUUGACCACGUUGAUCCUCAUGUUUGUCCGAGCAGCGGCAUAUGAUCACAUUUUAGCAUUGAGUCCAGUUUGGACCUCACUGUACAGCCUUUUCUUGAACUGUGCCCUUAACCCGAUUAUCUACAGCUUGUGGAACAAAAAUUUUAGACUAGAGUGUUUCAAAUUUUUCGGGAAGAUCAGGAGAUCAUGACACUUUCAAAGAAAGCUUCAAACUAAUGAAAGAUAGCUUCAGACUAAUCAAAGAAAGCUUCAAACUAAUCAAAGAAAGCUUCAAACUAAUCAAAGAUAGCUUCAGACUAAUCAAAGAAAGCUUCAGACUAAUCAAAGAAAGCUUCAAACUAAUCAAAGAAAGCUUCAAACUAAUGAAAGAUAGCUUCAGACUAAUCAAAGAAAGCAUCAAACUAAUCAAAGAAAGCUUUGUGCUUAUUUGUGAAACUUUCAAUAUAAACCAUGAGAGCUUUCGAAUUAACCAUGUGAGUAAAUCCUCAACGGGGGAGUGCUUGUGGAAUAUUACUCUACCAGAUCUACUUGUUGUCAGACUGUAUCGGCGUUACUCUGUUUGGUUUACUCUACCAGACUGUAUCAGCGCUACUCGUUAAACAGGGAACAUGAAAAGCACCAAGACGUUUGUGUGUAGUCUCUCAAUGAACUGUUCUGUAUAUUGUGUCUGAUUUAUUUGUGUGGAAUUUUGUUGUUAUUUUUAGCGGCCCCCGAAAGGGGAAAAGACGCUAUUAGUUUUGUGCGAAAUGUCUGUCCGUCUAUCCGUCUGUCCGUCCGUCCCGUUUAGAUCUCGUAAACUAGAAAAGAUAUUGAAAAUCCGACAUCACAAUAUUUUAGAGUCCAGUGAUGCCCAACCUUAUUUGGUCUGCGGGCCAUUUUAAUUUUUGGCAUUCGUGUCGCGGGCCAUAUCACCAAAAAGGAAAAAAAAAUACAAUAAGCUAUUUUUAUUAGUUUUAUAUGUGGACCUACUUACAUAAAUUCAUGUGAUGCAUGGAGUUUAUCCAAAACCAUCUUCUGAAUAUUUGUCUGCAUAGAUGAAACACCAAGUAGGAGCACUGAAUCUAGAUGUUCAUCAGUGAGUCGAUUACGUAACAUGGAUUUCACAUAUGUCAUCACUGAAAAAGUUUAUUCACACAAAUAAGUGCUUGAAAAACUUGUGAUCACCCUUAACGCUUGUUUCCGAAGAUUUCGAAAAGUUUCUGCAGGUAACACGCAGUAGAAGUCAAUAGUCUGCAUCACUUGAAAUUUGUCAAGCAGGGAUGUCUGACUUUGUAAGUCAAUCAGUUCCAGAUCUGUCGGGCGCUUGACACAUCGUCAGCAAAUGGAUUUUGAAAAAGACGGAUUUCAUUUUUAAAUUAUGAAAAUCCACAAAUCUUUCACAGAAAUUAUUCAUCAAGAGCCUCAGAAGUUGGAUCAUUUUUUCUUUAUUUAGCUGCUCAUCAUUUUGUAGAGUGGUUCAGGUUGGAAGUGUUGAAUGAAGAGUUGCAAUUUUGUGUGGAAAGCGCUCAUGUCUGCACACACAUGCGAAAGUUUGGUAUUGAGUUCAUUUAGAUUUGAUGUGAUGUCGCAUAAAAUAGCCAAAUCCCACAACCACGAGGGGUCGUUCAGUUGUGGCACUUGUUUUGAUUUUUCCAUCAUAAAUAUUUCAAUUUUGUGUCUCAAAUAAAAAAAACAAAACUUUUUAAUACCUUUCCUCGGCUUAACCAGCCCGCACUUCAUUGUGAAAUAAAACGUCUUCAGAAUUCUGUCAGAAAAUCUUUGAUUGUUCUGUGAUUCAACGCUUGUGAUUUGAUGGAAUGUACAGUACUGAACUUAAUCAGCAUCACAUGGUCUAGAUUCAAAACCUUUCCUCAGAGAUUUUGUUGGUGAAUGAUGCAGUGAAGCCGCAAGGGUUCAGUUCCAUUCGACUCAACUUUUUAAAAUAACUCUUGCUGUCAGUCCGCUGUGACAUCCAGGCAUAUUUCUAGCGCCAUCAGUAAUCACUCCAACUAAUUUAUUCCAAGGAAGAGCAAGGUCUUCUAUGACGUCUGACACUUCUUUGAACAGUUCUCCAGUUGUAGCCCCAUGCAUGCUCGUCAUAGCUGCUAACUACUCUUAUAUCAAAAUUGUUGUUUGUACCGCAAAUAAAUACCAAGAGUUGCGCGGUAUCGGUUAUGUCAGUGGACUCGUCAGCAGCAAUAGAAAACAUUUCGAAUUCUGCUGCUCUGUCUUUUAAUGUGAACGGAAAUUUUGUAGUGUCAUGCGAGAAAAGCUGACAGCUUCUAAUGCAUUCUUCUUUUCAGGACAUUUCUUCUAUCACUGCUAGCAAGCACUUUUUUUUUACACAUUCGCCAUUGGAUAAAGGCUUCAUUACUCUAUUUAGGAUGUGAGCUGUAGCUGGCCCUUAUCGCCGACUCAUUUUCUUGUCUCUUUUUGUUAAAUAUUCUCGUCAAUCCCACGAUCUCUAUUCGUAACUUGGCAAUCUUGUCUUCAUGGCUCAAAUCAAGAAUGUCACCAUUUGUGUUUAUGUAUUUGGUUUCAUAAUGCCUUUUAAUGUUAUGUUCUUUAAAAACAGCCACACUUUCUUUACAAAUGAAAAAUGUUGGCUUAUUAUCGAAUUCCACAAAAAAGUAAAGAUCUGUUCACUUUUCUACAUGCAGAUUCCACUUUUCGUUUCUUAGAUUUUCCCAUUUUAUUAAAUCACAAACGUUAAACAAUACGGUACCAAUCGCUUUCACAAUAAAAGAACACGACCCAAAACGAGGCAUCAAUGAUGCUCUGUGUUGUACACACAAGGUGUCAAGGACACGGCUAGCUCAAGACAGUAGCGGA